GUAAAUCUAAUGGGAAUGCAAAGUCAAAAAUAUGAGGAGGAGGUUGUCAUGAUUUUAGCCAUACGAUGCAUGAAUGCAAACACCCCCUUCCCUAUUUUAAUACUGUAUGUCGUCUACUACUCACACUACAACAAACUCAAUCUCUCUCUCUCUCUCUCUCUGUCUCUCUCAUGCAUUCACAGGUUUCUGUAUAUUCUUUGUUGCUCUUUCCUUUUCUUCAGCUUAUUGAAGUUUGGGCAAUAAAAAGGCACCGAAGAAACUGCUGAUCAGGUUUUUACUAUUUAAAAGCUGACACCUUGAUGCUUCAUGCUCCAUCAUCUGUUUAAAUGGUGGAGUCAUACUUAAUUAAGUAGCAGAUGGAGUAUAGUUAUCGAAAGUUGUAAAGAGAUAUUAUAUUAUGGAUAGUCCUCGUUCUUCCGGUGGUAGUAGUACUAGUACCAAGUUGCUGAACAGGUUCAGGAAAGAUAAACGGAAUGUAUCCUAUCGUGACCUUCCUUCAGAAGUAAAGAAUGAUGUAACCAAGACACCUUCUUCAGUAAUCUGUCGAAAGAAAAAUUGCACAAGUGAGGGAUUUCAGAAAGAUGAGCUUGUUAAGUACAUGUCAAAAUUGCCAAGCUUUCUGGAGAAAGGAGAAAGGGAUAGGGCAAAAGCCCUGAAUCUUGGAGUUAUGGAGUGGAACAAGUUAGAAAAUUGGCAGAAUUUUCAAUCACCAAGACCUAGCAGCAGGUAUUCAACAUCAAGCAGUACUACGGCCUCGAGCUUUUGGACAGAAGGAUCAUCUAGUCAUUAUGGGAGAGGAGAUGCUACCUGCUCUUCCAGCGGUCAUAGAGGGUCACUUCGAUCUUACCUGAAUAUAACUCUGAUAGAAGGUCACUACAAAGAUGUCGAGUCUCAUAAUGUUGCAAAAUAUACAGAUAUCAAAGCCAACCCGACCAAUUCUGACAGAAAGAAAAAUAUUCUAAGAGAGCCUGUGUUUCCAGCAAAAUCUUCAGAACUCAAGUUGAGAAAAUGCAGAAAGGAAAGUUUGGAUUUACGGAAUACAAGAUCAUCCACAGACUUUCAAAAUCAGGGGGAGCCAUCUUCUAAAGGGAAGUUGAGAGUUCAAGCUGAUGCAUACAAACAUAAAUCAGAAAAGUUGCAAUAUCAGUAUGAUAAUACCACUCGAGAGACCAAUGGCAGCGAAGUGCCUCAUAAGGAACCAGUCAGUCGAUCAACAAGUAAGAUUUGGGUAGAGAAGUCAAGCACAAUGCCUAUAGAUCCAAAUUUGUACAAUUCUUUAAAAAUACCAAAUAUGAAGAGCACUAUUGCAGACUCAGAGGUGCAAAACCUUUCACCAAGUUGUAGACUAAGUUCUGUCCUAAACAGGAUAAGAAGAAAAAGCCAUCUUUCCAGAGACAGUUCAGGUGUACUUCAGCCCGGCUCAGAGGAUAUUACUGCCAGAUCUGGUUCUAAAAUAGCUGAUUCUUUUGUUCGUCCAAAUAAUGAAACAAACGAUCAGUCUAAUGCUGCUAGCAGAGACCAUUUCAGUCCUUUGAAGAGGUUGUUAAGUCCACUGCUGAAAACAAAAGUCGGCAGCCCUAAAUUUUCUGAGCACUCACCAAGGAAUUCAACGACAACUCGCAGGUUUUCCACAUCUAUAAAUGAACGAAGAGAACUGUCAGAUGUACAUCCACCAAGAGUCAAAUUAGAUUUUUCAAACUUAAGGAACCCUGGCUGGGAUGUAUCACGUCGUGAUACAUUACAGGGACCGUCAACACUGCAAGCCUAUUUUCAAGUUUCAGCCAAGAAUGAUCUUCCACUUUUUACAUUUGCAGUUGACAACAACAGUGAUGCUCUAGCAGCCACAUUGAGGAAAUCUUCAUUACGAAGAAAUGAUCCCACUUGGAUCUAUACAUUCUUCAGCGUUCAUGAAAUGAGAAGAAAGAGUGGAGGCUGGUUAACUCAGGGAUCCAAAGUCAAAGAUUAUGUACCAAAUGUAGUUGCCCAGAUGAAGGUUUCUGAACUGCCAUUAUCACGCUUAGGUGAACACGUCAGUGUUGAUCAAUUGAAAACUAGAGAAUUUGUAUUAUAUGCUGUGGACGUAAGAGGGACUGAUCAUCAGAUAUGUGACGCGCAACCAAAUCAUGAGCUUGCUGCCAUUGUUGUCAAGUUUCCAAGAAAGAUGAUUACAGAAUUGAAUGGUCCAUCUCAAAAGGUUAAAGUCCCUUCUAAUUCAGGAGACCUACAAGAGGAUAAAUUUAUUUUUGGAAAUCAAGAACUUUUUAGCACAACAGUUCUACUGCCUGGUGCAAUUCAUGGAUUUUCAAGUAAAGGAGAACCUUCGCCAUUGAUUGAGCGAUGGUUGUCAGGUGGACAAUGUGAUUGUGGGGGAUGGGAUCUGGGGUGUAAGGUAAAAGUUCUUGGCAACAAGAAGCAAAAACCUAAUAGUCAUUUUGAACUCUUUUCUCAAUACCAGGAGAAAUCUGAACAAGCAACUCCAUUCUUCAUGCUGUCCUCACUCAAAAAUGGCGUCUUCUCAGUGGAAUUCAAUUCAGCCCUUUCUCUUCUACAAGCGUUUUCCAUCUGCGUUGCAGUUUUUGACAGCAUGAAGCCAUCUGAGCAUCAACAACCGUAUAACUUUAUUGAGGAGAAACUAGCUGAAGAGGCCACAAUGCCAGAAGAUUGUGGGCUAAAUACUCCUAAACUAGUGGAACUCAAUCUUUCUGCAAGAUUUGCGUCACAGCCUCCUCAUACCCCAGUCGAAAGGGUUUGAAUACUGAGUCUGAAGUUGGCUGGCAUGGUUUAACAAAAAUCCAUCUAAAUUCCAAAUUAAAGUUGGUUCUCCCAAUUAUCAUCAGAAUUCAAGAACAGUGCACCCAAAUCAAGUGAGCUAAUUAUAGAAAUAAGAAUAAGCUACUGACUCCUUUGUAAUCAGAAUCAAUGUAUAUAUAACUUCAUGUAUGCAUAUUGUAAUGAUCAACAGAGUUAAUCUUCUAAA